AGCAACAAGAAUAUUUUUCAUGGAGCCAAUAAUUAACAAAGCUGAUGAGCAUCAAGCUAUUGGGACAAUUCAUAGACUAGGACAAACCAAACCUACAUUUGUACAUAAUUUUAUUAUUCGAGAUUCUAUUGAGGAAAACAUCACAAAUUUAUUCUCUGGUGACAUGUUCAAUAGGUGGGAUGAUAUAUUACUAUCUCAACUAAUAAGAGUUUUUGAAAGAAAUUAAUCUGAUUGAAUAUUAGAGCAAAAUAAUGACAUAGGUAAGAGAAUAAUAAUUUAAAUAUUAUAUUAUUAUUAUUUUAUCUAUCUUAUGUCCAUUUUUUUAUAUGUAAAUAAAACAGUUAUAAUGUCCAAUAGGCUAUAA